UAACUACUCGGUUAAUAUUUCCAAAACGAUCAGUUUGAAUACAACAUAUAGCGGGCUAACCGGUUAUGGAAUAUUCCUACGUAUAAAUCCAUAACUGGCUAACGUAUCGAUUUCGCUAAUCAGUCUGCGUUCGCAACAAAUCAAACGUCCAAAUUCUUCCUGUCCAACACGCAAAAUUAAACAAAGUUAUUUAUCUCAUUGUGUACGAUAUCGCCAAACGUCAAAUCGCCCGAGAAAAAUACAAUUCGCGGCCCUGCCAGAAGAGAAACGCAGCGGCCACUCGUCUGAGACUCCUUCCGCAUUUUCCUGCGGCUCUGCGGCAGUGACGUGCGCCUCGGAAGGCGGCGUAAUCGCCGGCGAAGCUGGAGGCUGCAGCGCCUCGGAGCGCAUCGGCCCCUCCCCUCCGCGCUCUGCGGCGGCCCGCCCUACUCACACAAGAAGCCCGUAUGCGCUCUGCCCGAGUCUGGGGGUGGGAGAAAGAAAGCCGUACGGCCUUGGAAACCAAACAGAAAAAAUAAUACGACAGGUAGGCCGCUGUAUUGAACCAAAUCCGAAGUGGAAAGCUUUACGUUUGCACGGUUUCAAUCUGAAGCGAUAUUUUACGUGUGUGACUUAUAUUAUGCAGAUGACAGGUGGAGACAAUGGAUGAAGAUGAUGUGUCAGCAUUCUCUCUCCAUUCCCAUGAGCCCAAAAUCAUAUUCCAUGGGACGGGUGAUGGAGAUGAAGAUGAGGUGGUGGUAGAACUGCAGGAGUCUGUUCUCGUGUCUGACGUGGAGGGUGAGAAGAUAACGGUCCAUGGACUGGCCCCGGAGGAGCUGGUCAUCCAGGAAGCUAUUGAGGAUGUGGUCGCUGAAUAUGUGCCUUGCUCAGAAGAUGACGAAGGGCUCGGCACUAUUGCCGUGGAAACCUGUGUGUUGUCACCUGAUGAUGUGGGUCUGGAGGAGGAAGGACUGCAGGUGGAUGUAGUGACUGACGCUCAGGUACAGGAGGAUCCAGAUCCCUGUGGAGACUACCUCAUGAUCUCUUUGGAUGAGACCGGAAAGGUGGUUUCUGAUGACGAUGCAAAGGUCAUAGUCGAAGGCACUUUAGACGAUUCGGAAGAUGUGGAGAAGGAUGAUGAAGGUCAGGAGGUCAUCAAAGUCUACAUCAUCAAGGCUCACCCUGGGGAGGACGAUUUGGGGGGCACCGUUGACAUAGGUGACACUGAGCUCGAUGUAGAUGACACCGUGGAGCUUGUGGAUCCUUCUGGGAUGCCUAUAGGAGAGAAGAUGGUGUACAUGUCAAUAGAUGAAGCUAAUCAAAGCCAGGAUGACAUAAAUGUGGCUAAAAUCACAGACGAGGUCUACAUGGAAGUGGUGGUAGGUGGUGAGGACCCUGGAAAUGCUCAGAGGACACUCGAUAGCGCAUCACUCAGCAAAGACUUUAUGCCUGUGGCCUGGGCAGCAGCUUAUGGUGAAGAGGAGAAUGAAAGCUGUGAAAACAGAAACGGAGCAGCUAGCGCUCUGCUGCACGUGGAUGACUCCGACAUGAUCGAAAGACUCAGCCGUCAACGGAGCAAGAACAAAAACAAAAAACGCUCCGAACUUCGUCACGUUCAGACGGCGAUCAUCAUCGGACCGUAUGGCCAACCUCUCACCGUGUACCCUUGUAUGCUAUGUGGCAAGAAGUUCAAAUCUCGUGGUUUCCUCAAGCGCCACACUAAGAAUCAGCACCAGGACGUGGUAACCCGAAAGAAAUAUCAAUGCACUGACUGUGAUUUCACUACUAACAAAAAAGUAAGUCUCCAUAACCACAUGGAGGUCCAUACUCUGAGCAGCAAAGCUCCAUUUGAAUGUGAGGUGUGUGGAAAAGAGUUCCAUCAGCAGACGGCGCUGUUCUCCCACCGACUUCAACACCACCACAGAGAAUCCAAGCUUCAAAUCCCACCGCCCGCUACAAAAAUGCACAACUGCAAAUUUUGUGAAUACGAGACUGCGGAGCAAGGUCUGCUCAACAGACAUCUACUGGCCGUUCAUAGCAAAAAUUUCCCUCACAUCUGCGUGGAAUGUGGGAAGGGUUUCCGGCAUCCUUCCGAGUUAAAAAAACACAUGAGGACCCACACCGGUGAGAAGCCGUACUCCUGCCUUUACUGCGAUUAUAAAUCGGCAGACUCUUCUAACUUAAAGACGCACGUAAAGACCAAGCAUAGCAAGGAGAUGCCUUACAAGUGCGAUCGUUGUUUCCAGACGUUCACGGAGCCUGAUGAGUUGCUACAGCAUGCGUUGACUCACGAGGAGGCUAAAACUCACCAGUGCGCCCAUUGCGAUCAUAAAAGCUCCAAUUCCAGCGACUUAAAGCGUCACGUUAUUUCCGUUCACACCAAAGACUAUCCGCAUAAAUGCGAGGUCUGUGGAAAGGGCUUUCACCGGCCUUCUGAGCUCAAGAAGCACUCUGCUGCGCACAAGGCUAAAAAGUUGCACCAGUGCAGGCAUUGCAACUUUAAAAUCGCAGAUCCGUUCGUUCUCAGUCGGCAUAUUUUGUCCGUGCACACCAAGGAGCAGCAAGCCUUCCCUGACAAAAAGGGUCUUAAGAAGCCAUUUGGACUUGGAGCUCAUGGGGGUAAGAAAAUCUUGGGCGGCGCCGGUAUAUCUAAGGGUCACAGGGAACGGCGUGUAUACCAAUGCCAGUAUUGCGACUACAACACAGGGGAUGCAUCCGGGUUCAAGAGACACGUGAUCUCCAUCCACACCAAAGACUAUCCCCAUCGCUGCGAUUACUGCUCGAAAGGCUUUCGCAGGCCAUCGGAGAAGAAUCAGCACAUCAUGCGACAUCACAAAGACCUAAUGCCUGCAAUGUGAGCUUUAUGACGGCUGCCACGGCAAGCAAGGAACAGGUCCAUCCUGGAUGUCGGGAUGUCGGUGUUGUCUACAGAGCCAAAGCUGAUCGCUGGAAAGCCAGCUUGAUCACAGAUGUGAUGGUAUAGGUGGGGAAAGGUGCAAAGCAAAAAGGCUACUCCAUGAUUUUUGUGUUUUGCAGAUUGUCGUGUUGUCAGAGUCCGUUUCACCGAUUUUUAUGUUUGUGUUUCCAGCACGUGUAAAUUAUAAUGUUAAAUCGUCCAUUCAUGAUGGUAAAUUUUAUUUUGAGCAUCGAAUUAUGACUCCUGUAAUGCAUCGUUUUACUUUACACAAACCAUGAUUGGGUUGCUUUGCCGACACGUGUUUACAAGUACAGAUUCGGUUACAGAGUCAGUUUUUGGUUAACUACGGUGCUAAUCUUUUGACUGGAUUCAUAGCUACAGAUAAACAGAAUGUCAGAUUAAAAUGAAUUGAAAAAUCUAAACUAAGUCUAUGCUCUGUUUCCUAAAGACAUAAAUAUCUUGAGUGACAGUUUUAAUUCAAACAACAACAAAUAGCUUGUAAAGAGGAUUUGGUGUGAAAUUUAGCAAGACCCGUGAGCCCAGAUAGACUCAUCUUUUAUUUAUACGAUACAGGAGAUCCAUUCAAACAUUACAUUAAUGUACUAAUAACGAAUAAAAGACUAGGCUAUAAUACAGGACGGAUAUUUCUGCUUAUAUUUAUAAGUUAGGAGCAAAAAGAUCUUAUCAAGAGUAUGCAGUCAUCAUAUCAGGCUGAAUGACUGAUAAUCUGUUAGUUUUAAUAAAGACACAAGUGUGUUUAUGUACAGUAUAUCUGAAAUGCGAACAUUUGGGUGUGGUCUGUUUGAUGUAAAACUCACUGUCAAUUUAUCAAAGAUCCUUAGGGUAAAUUUUAUUUUUACACAGAUACUGAAAAUCUAUAAUUUGGAAUAAAUAUAUUCUAAAAAGAUGUGAUGUGUAUAUUGAAAUAUUUGUAAAUACAGAAAUAAUAAACAGUAUUUUGUGUCCAAA